AUGAGCAAAGCGUCUAUCGAGUUUACCAAUGCUUGCAACCAUGCUCGCGCCCUCUUCGCGAAAUACUGCUCAGAGCCCGCACCAAAAGACGUUAUAGCUAAGUUGAGAUGGGAAAUGUCUGGCGUUCACACCUUUCUGUUGGACGGAGUUCAGAAUGCGUACAAUCUAGCAGACACCAUUCCGCCGAAUGAGCAUCAAAACUUUGCAUUCUACUGUUAUUGCAUAACUCAGAACAUUGACCGCCACCAUCACGUCGAGGAGGAGCACAUCUUUCCUCAGCUCGAGCCUGAGUUCAAAACCGACGUCAUUGACGAACAUGCCGCGUUUCAUCAAACCCUGGCCGACUUGGAUGAUUACCUUCGCCAAGUUCUCGGAAUCCAAGAGCAGAACCCAGACAUGGAUACCAUCUCGCCCAAGUUCAAGAAAGGAAUCCCCUACGACGCUGAAAAGCUCAAGCGGUAUUUGGAGCAACUGUCGGGACCGCUCAUCACUCAUCUUGAGCAUGAGAUUGAGUGGCUGGACCCUGAGAGACUUCGUGCUUGUGGGGUGACACCUGAAAAGGUUAAACCCAUUUUUGCUCAGGUCGAACAGCACAUCAAGGAGUCAAUUAAACCACAAUCCUUGCUUGUUUUUGCCGCAUACCAUAUACCGCCCUAUUGCCAAUUCCCGGAGAUGCCUUGGGUCCUCCUCAAGGUCCUCGUACCUUGGGUGUUCUGGUGGAAGCACAGAGCCUCCUGGAAAUAUAUCCCCGACUACUCCAAGGCUCCAUUUGGCGCGCUCCAAAAGGUCUAA